AAAUAAGAUGCGGGCAGAGCGGCGCAAGAGGAAAAUGCCUGCAGUGGAGGCAGAGCCUGAUCUCCAGCCAAUGAAGAGCGGCGUGGCGGACACUGCUGUAGAGGGCGAGGGAUUCAGCGCUUUGAGUUGGUCUUCAGGAGAGCCCUUAUCUCAACAACAGCAGCAGGAGAAGAAGAAGAAGGAUUUUCAUCUCCAGAGCUCGAUCUGUUGCAGCUGCAUCAGCAACACCUGGCUGAUAUUACAUUAACUAACUGAUAGCUAACCUGCUGAAGCACCAUGACUGACAGAAAAGCUGUGAUCAAGAACGCUGACAUGUCUGAGGACAUGCAGCAGGACGCAGUCGACUGUGCAACACAGGCAAUGGAGAAGUACAACAUAGAGAAGGACAUCGCAGCGUACAUCAAAAAGGAGUUUGACAAGAAGUACAACCCAACUUGGCACUGCAUUGUGGGCAGGAACUUCGGCAGUUACGUCACCCACGAGACGAAGCACUUCAUCUACUUCUACCUGGGCCAGGUGGCCAUACUCUUGUUCAAAUCUGGCUGAAGCUCUGAGUCAAUCUUUCUUUCUUUCUUUCUUUCUUUUUUGUUUGUUUUUUCUUUCUUUGUUUUCCUCCAACAUGGACCGAGAUGCACUAGUGGCCGAUGUCGUAUCUACUUACUUACACGCUACCGAUGUUAAACGAGACCAGACCAGACCGUACCAUGCCUAUGCUGACUGUGCAUAACUGCAUGGACCGUGUACCAUACCGACUGUGUUACGUAUUUUGCGGUUCAGUUGCUUUUUCGUUACGUGCGCCGUGUUAAUCAGGAGAGUUCUUGAGUUUGUGGUCCUGACGAGGUUUGUUCAAGCACAGGAGCUGUGGAGCCAGGUGUGAGCUUUUGAUUGAAUAAAGAAGCAAAGCUAUGAAAACUGCAUUAGCACUUCUAUUUUUCUUGAGAGAGAUGUAUUUUCUUUAAGUAAUCGCGCUGCCGUAUAGCCUGUGUGGUUCUAUUGAACUCCGUGAGUCAUGUCUGUACCAUGGCGGAGGUGGGGGAACAAUGAAUAUAAAUCUUGUAUAUGCUAGUGAAUUAAUAAAGACUCUAGGUCUUACCAUCUUUAUCUAACCUCAGAUGAAUGUCCUAAACUUUUUUUGUGGCAUUUAUUAGGAGAAGGAAGUUGUCUGUUGUCUGAUGGGGAGAUGGGUGAUUUAUGCACAAAUAAAUGAAGGAUUAUUAUUUUGUAAAACUUAAUUUUUUUGUUGUUUCUUCAGUUUGAAAUAAAUGUCUUACUGGAUGUCCACUGUGACAUGAGCAGAAGAAUGUCUACUAGAGAAUACUGUAAGAUAUCAGAAUGAUUAAAAAUCAAUGAUGUAAAGUAUAUUUUUAAUGCUUUGGUUUGUUUUUGUCUUAUUCGUACUGUGAAUGUAAAGGGACUUCAAGACGACUGCACAAUAUUUCCCCGGCUCCUCCUCCCUCCACUGUCUUCCUCCCUUUCUGGCUAGGCCUAUUGAUUGUAGAAGUGUAUAGAUCAUCAGCAUGGAUUGUAGGCCUUCAUAGGCUGUCUGUCUGUCUGUAACUGGCUAUUCUUCCCCCCCUUCUGUGGUUCCUAGUUCCUGGUUCUUAGGCCUGUUAGACAACACUUGCACUCAUACAUUUCUUUGUACCCUCUCAGGUACUGCCCAUGACAAAAAGGCCAUGUUGCUCAGCCAUUAAAAUGUACAUUUAAUGCAAAA